UAUUAAGGACAUGGUGACUGACUUUGAUGAAAAACAUGAUGAAUACUUAAUAUCCCUUCAGCAGAGAAACCGGCUACUGGGACGUUUGAAAAGAAAGGAUCCUAUACAAAUCAAACUGGAGCAGUUAGAACAAGGGUUUUCUCUGUACCUGAAUGGAGCUAAUUCAGAGCUGAGAAAUUACCGCAGAAAAAUCAACUCACAUGGCUACCUUAAAAAUGAGACAAAGACCGCCAGGACAAAUGCAGCCCAGCUAGAAGAGAGUGAGUUGCGAGAACGCAGCGCACACACUGCACCAAGCAAAAUACAACGCAGAAGUUGGCUUCAGAAAACCGUGGAGAUUAAAACAGAAAGGGGGGCUAAACUCUGCAUUAAACCUCCUCUUGAGUACUCUGAGGAUUUUGAACCUUAUGAAAGCUUGAGCGUGGAAACAAAUGGUCAUGAUCCUCUCCGUUACUCCCAGAAAUUGAGAAGAAGCUUGCAACUCAAUAUAGAAGAGAAAAGGAUGGAAGAAGACUCUCUCAGCGAUGAUUACGACUCUGUUGAAGAGGAUGUGUUUUCAGAACCAUCUCCCACUGAGGAAACAAUUACAAGCUUUGGAGGCCUUCAGUUGCAUAGCAGUCGAUCACAGAAAGAAGCUUCUGAACAUCAGGAUGCUGGGAGAUGCUCUGGCCUUGAUUCUGGUGCCCUUACUGUGUUAGAGUUCAACCAGGAUCAAAGUAAAGUGAAGCCACUGCGAGUUCUCUCGGCAAAAAGAAAAGAUAAUGCUGAAAUGUACAUUCCUGUGAGACCAAUCGUGGUAAAAAAUAAAAUCACUCGGCCACUCUCUGCUGAGUUCUUGCAGCAGGAAAGACAUGAAAGAAUUUGUUCGAGACCAUUAAGUCGACCAGAAAGACCGCUUUCAGCAACUCGAAAGAAUGUGUGUGAGAAGGAUCCUGAUCUCUCGGUUUCAGCUGUGGUUAAAGCAAUGCAAAUUGAAAAUGAAGUCUUGCAGAGAGAUCUGCAAAGGCAGACAGUUUCCACAAGCCCUCAAAAGAAAUUUUCUGUUUCAUCUGUUGUUUCUGCAAUGGCUGAACCUCCAGAAAAAAGCCAAACAAGGACUGCAGUCACAAAAGCUGUUGAGAGAAUUUGUCCUUUUGGAAGCAGACAACGGAAGAAACUUCUGAAAGUCCUUCCAGAGCCUGAGAGCCAUUCUGCCUGUGGUAAUGACUUAUUCCUAUCUGAAGACAAAUCUGAAGUAGAUUCCAUGUUGAGAGAGAAGAUGACAACCAGUAUGGAAGUACGUGAUGCCAUUUAUGUGACUAUGGAACUUCUUUCUAACUGGGGAAAUCCAGUAAACGUGGGCCUGAGCGAGGUGGAAUUCUUUGAUUUAUACAAUGAAAAGAUAUUUGUGUCUCCUCAUGAUGUGGACAUUCGAAAUGCUGACAACCCAGGGGAUUUGUGCUGCUUGGUCAAUAAGAACUUAAAUACUGCGAAGGAAAGCUUCCUUUGGAUGUGCCCUUUCCAUCCGCCCAUCCAACUUUACUUUGUUAUCCGCAAUCCCACCCGGUCACAUGACUUUGGUAUAUCCAAGAUCAAGAUUUGGAAUUACAACACAACAACUCCCUGUGACCUUGGUGUUGGAGCAAAGAAGGUGAAGUUAUAUGUUGAUGAGAACCUUGUAUUUGAUGGUGAAUUAGAGAGAGCCUCUGGAGAUCUCCUCACUGACCAUAGCACUACAAUUGACCUUACAGAUCACAAACAAGGUAUCGCUGCAUAUUUUUCAAAUGAAAGGAAAGAAGUAAAUGCACCUGCAGUCACAGAGAAGAAACCAGACCUACAUUUUAAAUGCUUACAGUCAAACAGUACUUCACUAAACUGGAACUCUCUGCCAGAAGAAAAUCUUCUUGAGCAUAAGAUGAACUCAGUCAGCUUUACAAAGAAAAAUUUGCCUGAGUUAGAGGAUGAUCUAAAAGUGUUACCAUCUCAAGUUUGUAUAAAAGAUGCCAAAGAGAAUGCAACAGUACAAGCAGUUACAGAGCAUGUUCAAUCUGAUGAUGAACUUACUUUGAGUGAGCAAAUGGAAAAGCUAACAGGAAGAAAAUUGUCUGAUUCUACAGGUGCAAUUCCUUCUUGGUUACAGUCAUCUUCCCAAGAAACAGAGAAUAAUCAAGUUACUUCCAGUAAGCAGAAGCCUCCCUGGCUUGCUACAGAACAUUGUGUAGGCUUGAAAUUUCAAACACAGUCAGAUGGAAUCAUGAAAAUCUUUUCAGAUCUGACUAAUGAGGAUGUCAAAUGUCAGAGAAAUGAGCUGGGAAGAUCCAGUAGUAGAAAUGCAAAUGGAGAUGAGAGACCACAAAUGCUAACCAGAAAGGAUGGUGGUGUGGGCUUGGACAUUUCGGAGCAACUUUCUAACAAAAAUUGCUGCAGCUUACAGUACCCUACAAGUGGAAGGAGGAGUGUCAGAUAUGUAAAAAAGGAGGGUUUAAACACUAUAAAUCUCAGAGAAGAUGAUUCCGCACUCAAAGAUGAAGACUUUUCUAUCAAGGACAUAGCAACCUCUAGAGCAAAGUGGCACAACGAACAAGAACACACUCUGCAGGAGUCGUGGAACUCUUUGGUUAAGUUUAAUUAUUCCCAUCGUGGCCGAAUCUCUAACAUGGAUUUUCAAGGGGAUAUCUUUGAUGAGUUUCUCCAUCAACAGAAAAUCAACCGUCCUGGAGAGUAUCAGCAAAUGAGAAAAGAGGGACUGCAAACACUACCAAAAAAGCAAGAAAAAGAAAAUUCUGUAGAGGCACAUGAUGGAAAUGAUUUUAAAAUUCCUGUUUUACCUUAUGGGCAGCACUUAGUGAUAGACAUUCAAACAACAUGGGGAGACAGACAUUAUGUUGGUCUUAAUGGAAUUGAAGUUUUCAGUUCUAAAGGAGAGCCUGUUCAGAUUUCAAAAAUAACAGCUGAACCACCUGAUAUAAAUAUUCUACCAGCUUAUGGCAACGAUCCCAGAAUAAUAAGCAACUUAAUUGAUGGGGUAAAUCGGACCCAGGAUGAUAUGCAUCUCUGGCUAGCACCGUUUACCCCUGGAAAACCUCACUUUAUCUUUAUUGACUUUGUGAAUUCCUGUCAAGUAGCUAUGAUUAGGAUUUGGAAUUAUAAUAAAUCUCGCAUACACUCUUCAGGAACCUUGACUGGAGGUAUGCUAUCAUUUCUUAUUUUCUUUGUGGAAACAGCAGUACAAUACAAACAAAUACAUUUAGCUUUGAUUGCCAAAGCUUCAGGAACCUUGACUGGAGCUCCAGAGCACUUUGGGGAUACUAUAUUGUUCACUACCGAUGAUGAUAUUCUUGAAGCUAUAUACUGCUAUGAUGAGACAUAUGAUGGAGAAAUGGAAAAUGCCAGCUCUUUGAGAUACGAGGAAGAGCUAAAGAGGCCAACAACUGCUGAUAGGGAGGGAGAUGAAAGACCUUUUACACAAGCGGGAUUAAGAACAGAGGGUCAACAGGUUCAAGAGCCAGACCCUCUCUCUGAAUGUAUACCCAAGGAAUCAGGAGUAUUUACUGGAAAAUGCCUGCAACUGAAUUUUACCAUGACCUGGGGAGACUCCCAUUACCUUGGACUGACAGGACUUGAAGUGAUAGGGAAGAAUGGUCACGCAUUAAAAAUAAGUACAGAACAGAUUUCUGCUUCACCCCAAGACUUAAAUGAUCUUCCAGAGUAUACAGGAGAUUCCAGAACAUUAGAAAAGUUAAUAGAUGGGACUAAUAUCACAGUAGAGGAUGACCAUAUGUGGCUCAUUCCCUUCUCUUUUGGAGAAGAUCAUCUGCUCACAAUCUAUUUUGAUAAAAUUGAAAGUAUUGCAGGGCUUCGCUUUUGGAACUAUAAUAAAUCUCCAGAGGAUACCUUUAGAGGGGCUAAGAUAGUCCAUGUGUUGCUGGAUGGUCACAGCAUCUCCCCUCCAGAGGGCUUUCUUAUCCGCAAGGGACCAGGCAACUGCCAUUUUGACUUUGCCCAAGAAAUUCUCUUUCUUGACUAUCUGCAGCCCCAGCUGAUUAAUAAAGUACAAAGGAGGACGGGUUCAAAGAGAAUGGAACAAGCUAGUAUGGACUACGAAGCACCAUUAAUGCCAUGUGGUUUUGUUUUCCAGUUUCAGCUUCUGACAAGUUGGGGUGAUCCCUACUACAUUGGUUUGAAUGGACUUGAGUUGUUCAAUGAACAUGGAGACCAAAUCUUGCUAACUGAAAACAAUAUUGCUGCUUUUCCAGAUAGUGUCAACAUUUUAGAAGAUGUAUCUGGAGACAUCCGAACUCCAGACAAACUAGUUGACAGAGUAAACGACACAACUGAUGGCAGACAUAUGUGGCUUGCACCAGUUCUUCCUGGUUUGGUGAAUAGGGUAUAUGUCAUUUUUGAUGUACCUACUACUGUGUCAAUGAUCAAGUUAUGGAAUUAUGCCAAAACACCUCAGAGAGGUGUGAAAGAAUUCGGUCUUCUGGUGGAUGACUUGCUUGUGUACAAUGGGAUUCUGGAUAUGGUGAACCAUGUAGUAUCAGGCAUCCUGCCAACCUGUGAUCCAGUGGUCCCGUAUCAUACCAUUCUCUUUACAGAUGAUGAGAAGAUUUGCCAUCAGGAGAAGAGAACUGUUAUUAGCAAUCAUGUGGGAGAUCAGGAUGUACGAAUGAUGAAUGAAAAUGAGAUUGUCACAAACAGCAAAAAGAAGCAGGCUGUGGCUGAUCCAGCUUUGCGUCCAAAAACCUGCAUAUGUGAAAAAGGACUGCAGAGGAGGAAAAGAUAA